CGCAGUCUUUUCUAAUCUUGUGUAGUCACCUCCAUCAUCCAUGGUACACCUUCAUCUCUCUCGACCAGAAAAUACACAAACAUAUAUAUAGAUAUAUAUAUAGAAGUUGUACUUCUUCAUCAUCUUCGCUUUGCUUCAAACAUGCCGGCGCCUACCAUUGUUAAGAACUUGAAUCUCUGCUUCACCAAGACCAAAUGGCCACUAAAUCUUCAGUCAUCUCCUACCCAACCUAACCCAGAUGAUCAGGGCCGUCCAUUUCGCUCAUCCGCCACCAAUUCAUCUACCCUCAUCAAAACCUUUAACUCCGUUUACGACUACAACGCCGGCCUAGACCUUCGUUACGACGUCGUACGCACCAAUAACUACAACUUCCCGCCCGAACCCGAGUCCGACACCGAACCCGAUUUCGCCACCGUCUUCGCCUCUCAGCGGUUCUUCUUCGCAUCUCCCGGACGGUCCAACUCCAUCAUCGAAUCGUCACCGUCAAUCCGAGAAGAAGACACGGAAUCGUCGUCGACGUCAGACACUGAGUGCGAUUUGGACUUGCGGGAGACGACGGUGAAGGGGAGCGUGGCGGUGCCGACGUACUCGCCGGACCCGUACGCGGACUUCAGGAAAUCCAUGGAGGAGAUGGUGGAGGCACGUGAGUUGAAGGACGCGAAGGGGAAGUGGGAGUACUUGCAGGAGUUGCUGGUUUGCUACCUUGCGUUGAAUCCGAAGAGUGCGCACAAGUUCAUCACCGGAGCGUUCGCCGAUGUCAUCGUCACCCUCAUGUCCUCGCCGGAGGAGAACCAGAGAUCAUCGACGAAGGUGUGAUAUAUAUUAAUAUUAUCUCUUUUUUGUUUAGAACUUUCAAGGGAAAUCCAAUAUCCAUGUAACUGUGAUAUAAUUAAGGUGGGUUUUUGUUUU